AUGUAUAUCGAGCGCUGGCAAAAGCAGCACGGAAAGCGUCUUGACCACGACGAGCGAGUCCGCAAGCGCCAAGCCCGUGAAGCCCAUCAGCAGUCCAAGGAUGCCCAGAACUUGCGUGGUCUGAGGGCCAAGCUGUACCAGCAGAAGCGCCAUGCCGAGAAGAUCCAGAUGAGGAAGCGCAUCAAGGCGCAGGAGGAGAAGAAUGUCAAGUCUUCCGCGCCCGACGAACCAUCCAAGACGCCUUUGCCACAGUAUCUGCUCGACCGUUCCCAGGCCACCAAUGCCAAGGCACUUUCUAGCGCUAUCAAGGAUAAGCGUAAGGAACAGGCCGCCAAGUUUGCGGUGCCUCUGCCUAAGGUCAAGGGUAUCAGUGAGGAGGAGAUGUUCAAGGUUGUCAACACCGGAAAGAAGACGCAUAAGAAGUCCUGGAAGAGAAUGAUCACGAAGCCCACUUUCGUCGGCAAUGACUUCACCAGAGUUAACCCCAAGCGUGAACGUUUCAUCAGACCUAUGGGUUUGCGUUACAAGAAGGCGAACGUUACACACCCCGAGCUGGGAGUCACUGUUCAACUACCCAUUAUUUCGGUUAAGAAGAACCCCCAGAACCCAUUGUACACUUCUCUGGGUGUUUUGACCAAGGGAACGAUUGUCGAAGUGAACGUUUCAGAACUAGGCCUGGUAACAACCAGUGGACGUGUCGUAUGGGGUAAAUACGCACAGAUCAGUAACAACCCUGAAAACGACGGAUGCGUCAAUGCUGUUCUCCUCGUUUAA